UUCAUUUCAUUCUCCAACAUAAGAGAUAAUAAUAACAUAAUUACAUAUCAAUCUAAUAGCAAAAAUUAUCAUAAAAAAAUAAAAGAUGGCACAAUCAUCAGCAGCACCUAACCGUGUUUAUCAAGAUUUUGAACCAUUUUAUGAAUGGAAUGAAGAUCAAGCAACUGCUACCCUCACUGUAAUGCUGCCAGGAUUUAGAAGAGAGCAAUUGAAAGUUCAAGUGACAUCAAAGCCUGUCCUAAGGAUUAAUGGUGAAAGAGAAGUCACUCAGAAUGUAUGGCGACGUUUUGCAAAAGAAUUCAACAUCCCUUCAUAUUGUGACACCAAUGAGGUCACUGCCAAGUUUGAGCGUGGCAUGCUCAAUGUCAAGUUUCCCAAGAUUCAAGGUUCCCCUCCUAAGCCACAAGAACAAGCAAACGCAAUUACAAGCGCUCCGGAAGAGCCUAAGACAAAGCUUGAAUCGUCUCAGCCUCAGCCUCAGCCUCAACCAACUCAGGAGGCUCGACUUGAGCCUCCUAUGAUAACAAAACAAGAAGAUGAUCAACAGAAGUUAUCAAAGAAUGAGAAUGAGUUUGAGACUAAACCUAAGUUCAGGCCUCAGAAGUUCGAGCCUGAACCUAGGGCAUCAACUCCAGAAGUGGAUGAACAAAAUUUAUCGAAAAGCGAAAAAAAGUCAAUUAUUAAAGAAGAGAAAGAAAAGAGCAAAGAAUCAACACCAUCUAAUAAUAACCAAGUGGUUGGUGAUAAUGAUGGUGACAAGAAAGUGAAGUUUAAAGGCUUGUCAAACAAAGAAGAAAGUUCAUUAUUAGCACCAAGAGUAAAUGAGAAACAAGGUGCUAAGAUGGUUCAAAGGUUGAAAACAAGGGUGUUAGAUUUCACCCUUAGUUUGAGAUCAUCAAGUGAUGAUGAUAGAAACAAAGAUGUUGACCAAUGUUUGGUCAAAGGAAUAAUUAAGAAGCCUAAGAUAUUGAUGAACAUAAUUGUGGCCAUUUUAUUGGUUAUGGUACUUGGAAUCUAUGUCAAAAACGCAUUCAAGUCAUCAUCAUCAUCUCAGGGAGAAGCUAAUUUCCAUCAGGAAUUUUAAUCCACAUGUAAAAUGCAUAUUAUGCUUUUGUAGUAAAAGCAUAAUUAAUAAGUUCAAUAAAGGGGUGUAUUAA